CGCCGCUAGGGGGCGCCGCGAGCGCUCAGUGCCCCCGCCCGCCGGGGAAGGGGCAGAGCCGCGCCGCCGAACCUGAGCCGCAGGGCAGGCGGUCGGGACCAGACGCCAGGACUGUCACCCGGACGCGCCGCGCGCACUGACCCGGGACGACGCGGGCAUCUGGGGACGGCCAGGCCUUUGUCCCCCGGGCUCCACGGCUCCCGCUCCCGGGUGAGCAGCCCACGGGGCGGACGGCGAUGUCUCGCUGGGCCCUCCGCAGUCCCCCGGGGAGCCGGGUAUCCCCGCUAGCGCGCCUGUGCUGCGUCUCCGCCGCGCUGGGGAUGCUGUGGUACCCCGCGUCGCUGGCUUUCAACUUGGACGUGGACAAGCUCACGGUGUACAGCGGCCCCGAGGGCAGCUACUUCGGCUACGCACUGGACUUCCACAUGCCUGAUGCUCGCACAGCCAGUGUCUUGGUGGGAGCGCCCAAAGCCAACACCAGCCAGCCGGAUAUCGUGGAGGGCGGAGCUGUCUAUUACUGUCCGUGGCCAGCACAGGGGUCCAUACAAUGCAAGCAGAUCCCGUUUGACACCACCAACAACAGAAAAAUCCGAGUUAAUGGAACCAAAGAACCCAUAGAGUUUAAAUCAAAACAGUGGUUUGGAGCAACGGUGAGAGCUCACAGAGGGAAAGUCGUGGCCUGUGCCCCUUUAUACCACUGGAGAACCCUCAGACCUACACCAGAAAAGGACCCAGUUGGCACGUGCUAUGUGGCGAUCCAGAAUUUCAGUGCCUAUGCCGAGUAUUCGCCUUGUCGGAACAGCAACGCUGAUCCUGAGGGCCAAGGUUACUGCCAAGCAGGCUUUAGCCUGGAUUUUUAUAAGAAUGGAGACCUCAUAGUGGGAGGACCUGGAAGUUUUUACUGGCAAGGUCAGGUGAUCACUGUCAGUAUUGCAGAUAUCAUUGCAAAUUACUCAUUCAAGGAUAUCCUAAGGAAACUAGCUGGAGAAAAGCAGACAGAUGUGGCUCCAGCUUCCUAUGAUGACAGCUACCUUGGGUAUUCAGUUGCUGCCGGGGAAUUCACUGGAGAUUCUCAGCAAGAAUUGGUUGCUGGAGUUCCUAGAGGAGCGCAGAACUUUGGAUAUGUCUCCAUCAUUAACUCCACAGACAUGACCUUCAUUCAGAAUUUCACUGGUGAGCAGAUGGCAUCUUAUUUCGGAUAUACUGUUGUAGUAUCAGAUGUUAACAAUGACGGCAUGGAUGACAUACUGAUCGGGGCCCCUCUCUUUAUGGAACGCGAAUUUGAGAGUAACCCUAGAGAAGUUGGACAGGUCUACCUGUACUUGCAAGCGAAUGCCCUCCUCUUCCAAGACCCGCAGGUGCUCACUGGCACAGAGACUUUCGGGAGAUUCGGAAGUGCUGUGGCGCACUUGGGGGACCUGAACCAAGAUGGAUACAAUGACAUCGCCAUUGGUGUACCCUUUGCAGGCAAGGAUCAAAGAGGCAAAGUGCUUAUUUACAACGGGAACCAGAACGGCUUACACACCAAGCCCUCCCAAGUUCUGCAAGGCAUGUGGGCCUCACAGACCAUCCCUUCUGGAUUUGGGUUUUCUCUGAGAGGAGAUGCCGACAUAGACAAGAAUGAUUACCCAGAUUUACUUGUUGGAGCGUUUGGGAAAGGGAAAGUGGCUGUUUACAGAGCAAGGCCAGUGGUGACUGUGGAUGCCCAGCUUCUGCUGUACCCAAUGAUUAUCAACCUUGAAAAUAAAACUUGCCAGAUUCCAGAGUCCUUGACACCUGUGGCCUGCUUUUCUUUAAGAAUCUGUGCAGCUGUAACAGGCCAGAGCAUUUCAAAUACAAUAGCUCUGAUGGCUGAGGUGCAAUUAGAUUCCCUAAAACAAAAGGGCGCCAUCAAGCGAACUCUCUUCCUCCGUAACCAUCAGUCCCAUCUCGUCUUUCCUCUUGUGAUAAAGCAGCAGAAAUCCCUCCACUGCCAGGAUUUUAUCGUUUAUCUCAGAGAUGAAACCGAAUUCCGAGAUAAAUUAUCUCCAAUCAACAUUAGCUUGAAUUACAGUUUGGAUGACUCCACCUUUAAAGAAGGCCUGCAAGUGAAACCAAUUUUGAACUACUACAGAGACAACACAGUUACAGAACAGGCUCGCAUCCUGGUGGACUGUGGAGAAGACAAUCUAUGUAUUCCGGACUUGAAGCUGUCAGUCAGACCAGAUAAGCAUCAGAUAAUCAUUGGGGAUGAGAAUCACCUUAUGCUCAUCAUAAACGCCAGAAACAAAGGGGAAGGCGCCUAUGAAGCAGAACUCUUCGUCACGAUCCCAGAGGAGGCAGAUUACGUCGGGAUUGAGCGCAACAACAAGGAACUGCGACCACUGAGCUGUGAGUACAAGAUGGAAAAUGUGACCAGGAUGGUGGUGUGUGACCUUGGGAACCCCAUGGUGGCUGGAACAAAUUAUUCUCUGGGCCUGCGGUUUGCUGUUCCACGGCUUGAGAAAACCAACACGAGCAUUAACUUCGAUCUCCAAAUCAGAAGUUCCAACAAGGACAAUCCAGACAGCAAUUUUGUGAGUCUGCAGAUCAACAUCACUGCUGUAGCCCAAGUAGAAAUAAGAGGAGUAUCCCACCCUCCGCAGGUUGUCCUGCCCAUUCAAAACUGGGAACCAGAAGACAAGCCCCGCAAAGAGGAGGAAGUUGGACCCUUGGUGGAACAUAUUUAUGAGCUGCACAAUAUUGGACCUAGCACCAUCAGUGACACCAUCCUGGAAGUGGGCUGGCCAUUCUCUGCUAGAGGCGAAUUUCUCCUCUAUAUUUUUCAUCUUCAGACUCUGGGACCUCUACAAUGUCAAACAAAUCCUGAGAUCAACCCACAGGAUAUAAAGCCCGCUGCCUCCCCAGAUGACACCCCAGAGCUUAGCGCCUUUCUGCGAAACUCCACCAUCCCCCAUCUUGUCAGGAAGCGGGAUGUGCCUGUGGCCCAGCUCCACAGACAGAGCCCUGCAAAAAUACUGAACUGUACAAAUAUUGAGUGUCUGAAAGUCUCUUGUACAGUGAGACGACUGGGAGGUGGAGAAAGCGCAGUCCUCAAGGUCAGAUCGCGAUUGUGGGCCCACACGUUCCUCCAGAGAAAAAAUUAUCCCUACACUCUUGCAUCCCUGGUAUCCUUUGAAGUUAAGAAGAUGCCAUAUAAAGAUCAGCCAGCAAAGCUCCCGGAAGGAAGCACAACAAUUAAGACUUCAGUUAUUUGGGCCAUCCCUAAUGUUUCUUUCUCAAUUCCCUUGUGGGUCAUAAUCCUAGCGAUACUGCUUGGGUUGCUGGUGCUGGCCAUCCUAACUUUGGCUCUUUGGAAGUGUGGAUUCUUUGAUAGAGCAAGACCUCCUCAGGAUGAAAUGACAGACAGGGAACAACUGACCAGUGGCAAGACCCCAGAAGCGUGACCCAGAAACAUGCAUCCCCAAAUUCAAACACUGGUCCUGUUCAGAAAAAGAAGGAAAGAAAGGACAUAAGGUCUAGAUGAUAAUAGUGUCCAUACCUGCCGCUGGCCUGGGGAAUGGAAGGACACCUAAUUGAUCACCUCAUCUUCUUCACACAUUGUGGAAGUUGCCACGGAGUGCAGAGUACCCUGUGGGAAAAGAAACUGCCAACACUGUAGAAACAAUCAGCAGUCCUGGGAGGUUUGCUUUUGUCAUUCCAUAUUUGGCAGACAUUUUGGAAUGGCUGCAGGAACUUGGGCUGCUGUCUAAGUCAACCCAACUUGAACUGCAAAGAGGAAUUACUGCAGAAAUGAGAGGGUGACUAGGACUGAACUACUGUAACCCAGUGGAAUAUUUGACACCUCCCUACGGAAGAGAAAUGUUUCUAAGGAUGUGAUGGCUCAGGGAGACACACAGUGUGUUGUUGGUACUGUGGAAGUACUUGUGAGACAACAAAGAUCAUUUUGCUAAGUGAGGAUAACACUUAUUUAUUUAUUUUCCAUUUCUCUAGGUGAAGAAUAUGGUUGUCUAGAGGAUUUGGAAAUUAACAUUUGGUUAGUUAGUUUUCAAAAUCACUCAGUUUAUUUCCUCUUACAGUAACCACUUUGUGCAGAUAGUUCAUUUAAUUGAGCUUCUUCAUAUUUUAGACAGCGUCAAGGAAACACAAAUUGGUAUUAGAGAUCAAUUUUGCUUGAAACCUUGCUGCCUUCUACCUGGAGUUAUUUUUAUUCACACUCUCCAGGAACUCACAUCAGCUGAAUUUAGCUUUAUUAAAUGUUACUUAUGUUUCCUUUUACACAUGUAAAAAUAAUCUUUCCACUGAUUUAUUUAAAACAUUAAUUUCAAGGUACUUACUACCCUGUAUGGUGUUCGAAAGUAUUGACACAAUUUUUAGAGUCCAUAUAAAAAAGCAAUUUAAUAAUAUGAGCAAAUUAAUUUUAAUAGCUAUAGUAACCAACACCAAUAUUUAGUUUGGAAUUUAAAUACCUUUUGUCCCUGUAAUACCUUAUUCUUGUAUAAAAAGAAAAUGGCUGAACUUAAAUAAGAUGGAGAUCUAUGAAGUUAUACAGGUGUGAGACAAACCUAGAAAAAUUAAUUCCAAGGGCUUUGUCUAAGGAUGCCUAUUCUAACUUUAGUACUCAUUUUUACUGUUAAUCUUUUAUAGUAUAUUAUUUUGGAAAAUGAUCUUUAAUUAAGCUAUUUUCCAUUAUCUUUCAUUAACCAUCCAAAAGAUAGUUGCUUAAAAUUCUUGUAACUAAUCUAUAAUCAAAUGUAAUAUUAUCAUUUUGAAGUAAAAUUGACCAGUCAAUUUAUUAUAAGAUGGUCCAUACGAUUUUAUAGCCUUUUUAUAAAAAUGAAAACUUGCUAUGGAGAACGCUGAACAAAUUUUUAUGUGCAAUAUUUUUAUAGACUAUGUAUCCAAGGCAUGUUUACACUGGCAUUAGCUAUUUUUUAAUUAAUAUCCCGAAUAUUAAGUCUGAUACUACAAGCUGACCAAAAUCCUUAAGUUUACAAAACAGUUGGAAAAUAAUCUGUGUCUCACUUUCAGCAAUAACACUUUAUUUGAAAGAUGAGUCAAACUUACAGACAGUAAACUUUAUGUGGUGCCUUAACCUGGAGCGAAGCCCUUUGGCUGGAGUUGCAGCAGUUCAUUGGAAAGUAACUGAAAAGCCUUGUCAAUUAAAUCUAUCUUGGUAGCUGCUUCCUGUCUGUCAGGCACUCAAGUUGAGCUCCCAGUCUGUGUGGCUGAUGCCUGAGGACCACUGCAUUUGCCUCAAAGAGUUGUGAAUGUCCCACACCAACUUCAUGGUGGGGAAGGGGGUUUCAUUUGGUGUUGGUCUUUUAGGUAGAACCAAUUUUAUAGGUUGAGGACUAUCUGCAUGAUAAGAUUUGAGGGACAACAAACAGCUCUCUCUCUAGACCAUAAAGUACCCUAAUUCUUGUGAUGCCUGAUGCACUGUGACCAACAGAAAUUAGCUCCUCGGCAUGUACCCCUGGUUUUGAAGGAACUCAGAACUCUUCAAUUUAAGUAUAGGAGCUAGUCCAGACAGCCAUAUAGAAGAAACCAGAGAUGCCAGGAGGAAGAUGGAACCCAGACAGAACAGGGUAUGAGGAAGUCAAAGGCAAACCAUGGCUUCCUGUGCUGCAGAGGUCUCUUUAAGGCACUGCUUGCUACCUGUGGGCAUUGCAGAGACCAUCACACCCAUGCACAGUGACCGUCACCUCUUAGAAUGUGGAAGCCCUGGAGGGAGAACCCUGAGUAUAUAAUGCUCACAACAUUGCUGACUUCUUUCACAACUCAAAAUGCUCUGGGCUCCACUAGGAGCCUAUCUGUAUUUCUCUUCAAUAAAUUCCUUUCACUAGUUCUUGCAGCUAGUUUUUAAGGCAUGAGAAAAUGAGCAGAUCUUUUUUAUAAACUUGGAGAUUUUAAUAGAGUGAAGAAAUAAUGUACUAGUCAUCACUGAAACCCCAAUCUUGGAACUCUUGUUUUAUUUAAAUAUAUGAGAUCUGUGAAGAUUUUCAUGUACCUAUUUACCUAGUCACCAAUAAAAUUGAAAAUU